GGAGCUUCUUCCAAAGUAGGAGGGAAGAAAGAGUAGUGUCUUCGCUUCCUUCUUGAGUGGAAACCUUCGAAGUUUGGCGAGGAUCGGGGCCGGGAAACUGUGUAAAAGAAGCACCAAACUUGACUCAACUUCGGUGCGUAAAAGCGCACAGAGCAAGAACAGGGAAGCAGAAGAACAGAAGGAAAGCAGAGAAGGAAGGGAAAAGAAGGCGAGGCAUCUUUACAAGGACGUGGGAAAUAAGUUAAGCGUCUUCACUUCCUUUUGGACUGGAAACCCUCCAAGUUUGGCGAGGAUCGGGGCCGGGAAACUGUGUAAAAGAAGCACCAAACUUGACUCAACUUUGGUGCGUAAAAGCGCACAGAGGAAGGAAGGAAGGAGGAAAGAAGGAGAAACAUCUGGGAAAGAAGGAGAGAAGAAAGAGUAGAGUCUUGGCUUCCUGAAAAGAAGGAGAAGCAUCUUCCAAACGAGGAGGGAAGAAAGAGUAGCGUCUGCACUUCCUUCUUGAGUGGAAAACUUCGAAGUUCAGCGAGGAUCGGGACCGGGAAACUGUGCGCAAAAGAGGCAUCAAACUCGACUCAACUUUGGUGCGUAAAAGCGCACUGAGCAAGAACAAAGAAGGGGAAAAGAAGGAGAAACAUCUGGAAAAGUAGGAGAGAAGAAAGAGUAGUGUCUUCGCUUCCGUCCGAAUUGGAAAUCUUCGAAGUUUGGCGAGGAUCGGGGCCGGGAAACUGUGCGUAAAAGAGGCACCAAACUAAACCCAACUUUGGUGCGUAAAAGCGCACCAAAACUUGGCACCAUGAGCGCCGCGGUGGCCGGCCGGGCUGCGUCUUCCUCCGCCAAGGAGGCGGCGGCCAAGGCCGCGAUCCCGGAGGUGGUGCAGGACCCCCGGAGCAAGCGCCGGUACCGCCUGGGCCGCUUCCUGGGCAAAGGGGGCUUCGCGCGGUGCUACGAGCUGACGGACACGGCCUCCGGGGAGGUCUUCGCCGGGAAGGUGGUGCCCAAGGCGCUGCUGCUGAAGGCGCCGCAGAAGGAGAAGAUGUCCAUGGAGGUGGCCAUCCACCGCAGCCUCCUCCACCGGCACGUGGUGGCCUUCCACGGCUGCUUCGAGGACCCCAACUACGUCUUCGUCGUCCUCGAGCUCUGCAGGAGGAGGUCCCUUUUGGAACUGCACAAGCGGCGGAAGGCCCUGACGGAGCCGGAGGUCCGGUACUUUCUGCGCCAGAUCAUCCUGGGCUGCCAGUACUUGCACAGCAACCGGGUCAUCCACCGGGACCUCAAGCUGGGCAACCUCUUCCUCAAUGAUGACAUGGAGAUCAAGAUAGGCGACUUUGGCCUGGCCACCAAAGUGGAGUACGAAGGGGAGCGGAAGAAGACCCUUUGUGGGACCCCCAACUACAUUGCCCCCGAGGUCCUGGGCAAGAAGGGCCACAGCUACGAGGUGGACAUCUGGUCCCUCGGAUGCAUCAUGUACACCCUUCUGGUUGGCAAGCCACCGUUUGAGACCUCGUGCCUGAAGGAGACCUAUAUUCGAAUCAAGAACAACGACUACACCAUCCCACAGAACAUCAACCCAGUGGCUAGCAGCCUGAUCCGGAAGAUGCUACGCUCGGACCCGGCUGCCCGCCCCACCGUGGAUGAGAUCUUGGGCGAGGAGUUCUUCACGGCCGGCUACGCCCCUUCGCGGCUGCCCAUCACCUGCCUGACCAUGCCCCCCAGGUUCUCCCUGGCCCCCACCGGCCUGGACCUCACCACCAGGAAACCCCUCACCGUGGUCAACAAGGGUCCGGAGAGCCCUGCGCUGGAAAAGGUGGCAGCCGAGAAGGAGGAGGAGGUGGCCCUGAGGGAGACCGGGGAGACCACCGACGGGCACUUGGCCGACCUGCUCCGGCAGCUGACCCUGGUGAACGCCUCCAAGCCCUCCGAAAGGGCCACCAUCCGGCAAGAGGAUGCCGAGGACCCAGCCUGCAUCCCCAUCUUCUGGGUCAGCAAGUGGGUGGACUACUCCGACAAGUACGGCUUAGGCUACCAGCUCUGUGACAACAGUGUCGGCGUGCUCUUUAAUGACUCCACCCGCCUCAUCCUCUAUCAGGAUGGCGACAACCUCCAAUACAUUGAACAGAACGGCUCUGAGUCCUACUUCAACAUCCGCUCAUACCCGGAGUCCUUCAACAAAAAGGUGACGUUGUUGACAUACUUCAGCAACUACAUGAGUGAGCACUUGCUGAAGGCCGGCGCCAACAUCACCCCGAGGGAAGGGGACGAGUUGGCCCGCCUGCCCUACCUCCGGACCUGGUUCCGCACCCGCAGCGCCAUCAUCCUGCACCUCAGCAACGGCACCGUCCAGAUCAACUUCUUCCAGGACCACACCAAGGUCAUCCUGUGCCCCUUGAUGGGGGCCGUGUCCUACAUCGACGAGCGGCGGGGCUUCCGGACCUACCGCCUGAGCCUGCUGGAGGAGCAGGGCUGCUGCAAGGAGCUGGCCAGCCGCCUCCGCUACGCCCGCACCAUGGUCGAGAAGCUGCUCAGCUCCAAGUCCGGGGCCAUGGCCUGCCCCAAGCCCCCCGCAAACUAGACCUCCCGGGCGGCAAAACGGCCUCUGCCGCCUCCCGUGGGAAGAAGGGCUCUUCCUUGGACUGGAGAACCAAACGCUGCUGUUUCUGUUUCCGAAAAAGGAUCUGUUUCCUCCUGUUUUUUCGGCUCCCGCUCGCCUCCAUAGUAGCCGGACCCCCGUGCAUUAUUUCUAUAUGGGGUUGGGGGGUGAGCCUUCCUUCAAGCCUUCCCUGUCUUAACGUUCCUGUACGUGGUCUUGGUUUCGUCGUUCUCGAGUCCACACUUUUUAAAAAUAUUGCAUCAAACCGAAAUAUCCGUUUCCUGCCCUCCCCCUUUUUGUACUUUAUUCACUAACUAAUAAAGAGAAUUCUCACAA